AGUGUUUUAAGUGAAGUUACUGUUUACGUUAAUGAAAACAAUAUUUGUGUGUGUUUCGUUAUUUUGCUGAACGUUCAAGGGGAAGGAAUGCUAAGCUGCGCCUCCCCCGCCGGCAUGCCGCCAACGCCGCACGCGCCGACCUGGGGCAACAUUCUACAACAGCCUCCUAUCAUCAAAUCUGAACCGAUGGAUGACGGCAGCUUUGUAAAGGAUCAAACGAGUGGCUUUUAUUCAGAAGGCUUUCACAGCGCAUCGCCUUCAUCGUCAAGCAAAGACUCGAAUGGUCACUCACCAAGAAGUGUUGGCAGCGCAGGAGAACCAUCAUCAUUCUAUGACAACAUGUCCCUUAAAGCUAAAGCCAACCUAGGUAUGCAUUUAGAUGCCUAUCGCAAUGGAUUACCUUAUAGCCUGCUAACACCUCCAGGAUUCGAAAACAGAACUGUAGACGAACGCGGUCCGUCACCGGGAUAUGAAACAUCGUAUUCUCCUAGGUCUUUAGCACCUCCGCCGCACGUUUCAACUCCAUUAGCACGUGCCGAUGCCACACCACCGAAAUCACCUAGAACUCCUUCUUCACCCGAAAGAGAUGACCGAAGAGCAUUCGAACGUUUCCAUGAUUCUGGUUUUGAUGGCGUCGGUCAAAAUAAAAACGACGGUGAUGAUGGAAGAGAUGGAUCAGGAUUCGAAGACGAUUAUGAUGAUGAACCCGGUCUUCGCGUACCUGCUGUAAACUCGCACGGAAAAGUUAAAACCUUCAAAUGCAAGCAGUGCGAAUUCGUAGCUGUAACGAAACUCAGCUUUUGGGAACACAGCAAAGAGCACAUUAAACCUGAAAAGAUGUUAUGCUGCAGAAAGUGUCCUUUCGUCACGGAAUAUAAGCAUCACUUGGAGUACCAUAUGAGAAACCACAUGGGAUCUAAACCGUUCCAGUGCUCGCAAUGCUCAUACUCUUGCGUAAACAAAUCAAUGCUGAAUUCACAUUUGAAAUCCCACUCAAAUGUUUAUCAAUACCGUUGCGCCGAUUGUAACUAUGCAACGAAAUACUGUCAUUCUCUCAAACUACAUUUACGGAAAUAUAAACACAACCCAGCCAUGGUGCUAAAUUUAGACGGAACUCCCAACCCUCUCCCAAUUAUCGACGUGUAUGGCACACGCCGCGGGCCAAAACAGAAGCCAAUGUCUAAGAUGUUCGAUCAACCUUGUAAUAACAAUCAAUCUCAACCGGCUCCUCCGACGCAUUCUCUAUUCGGCAACCAUUUCCCUGUUAAUUUACCGUAUCUACCACCACUUCUACCUCCCUCUUUUCUAUUCCCCCCGAAUAAUAAUUACGAGCCAAGGACUUCACCAAACUUGCCUGAAAUAAUGGACAAGCGUCAAUCUGUUUCGCCGCAAUCAAUUUUGCAGCAAAGAUUAUCAUACUCGGAGCGACCAUCCGAAGCGAAUGUCAGUCCUCCGCCAGUGAAAUCACCUGUAAGUUCGCCCCAGACUCCAACAGCUCAAACCAACACGCCAACACCUCAGCCUCAAACCAAUGACGCUCUCGACCUAACCAAUACGAAAACAAGCGAGGCAGGUUCACCACCACCAGCUGAACGCGCUAUGCCUCUAACACCGACAACGGCCAUGAAGAACAGACGAAAGGGCCGCGCAUUCAAGCUUCAACCUGCAGCUUUGAGGCUUCAGCAUGAAGAUAACAAAAUGGAGGCCGACGGUUCCGACGCCGAAUCAGAAGCUUCCGCCGAUGCGCCGUCGUCGACGGCUCAAAACGCAUAUACCUGCCAGUAUUGUGACAUAACAUUCGGCGAUCUGACUAUGCACACAAUACACAUGGGAUUCCACGGAUACAAUGAUCCUUUUAUGUGUAACAAGUGUGGUGAGCGGAGUGCGGAUCGCGUGGCGUUUUUCAUUCACCUCGGUCGCGCACAACACGCCUAGCUUCAUACAAAUUUUGUGCACCCUAGUCAGCGUAUUGCUUUUGUGUUGUAGGGAGAUUAUAAGUUAUGCGUAAACGUAAAUUGUAAACCAAAGACGAUGUACGAUAGAAACGUUGUACAUCUGUUAAUAGUUGGUAUAUUGUAAUUCUUAUGCUGCUGUACUUUAAGUGGAAAAGUCAUUGUAAAUAAGUAGCUGUAGUUUUGCCAAAUUGUAUUCGGGCCUUUAGUCGAUUUAUUUAACCUCGUUUAAUUUAUCUUUUGUAAUAAAUACUAAUUAGGUGAAAGUGACCAAAUAUGAAGAAGACUGUGUCUUUGAUUAAGUACAAAUCGAUGUCUUUUAAGCGACAUUUUUAUGUAAAGACGUGUAUUAUAAGUAUAUAACCUACGGUGAAGUAACCUAUUAGAUUAGAGAUAAUAUAGACCAAAAAUAGGUCUUAAAUUGUAUUUAAACUUUGUGUAAGCGAAUCAGAGUGUAUUUAUAGAAGAGAUUUAUUUUAUUUAUUUAUUUUUUAGCGUAUGUUUGUCGGUUGUUUCCUUAACAUUAUAGUAUUAAAUAUUGGAAAUUGCAUGUAGUCUUCUCAAGCAUGUUUUGUCGUUCUUUAAUUCACGGAUACUUUUAAACUGACUGUUUUAAUGUAUAAUUAAACGUAUGUUACUUGUGUGCUGGAAACAAUAAAAUAAUGGAUUUUUA